CAUAAGCUCCCUCCCAUCGCUCUCUCCUCCCUCAGCCCGGCUAGCUUAGCGACCUAACUGCCUCUUCCUCCUCCGUCCACUACCACCAUUCUUGAAUCUCGAUCCGCCCGUCUGCAUCCAUAUCGAAGCAUGACGGCGAAGGUGCACCCGAACGUGGCCGUGACGUGCCUCGGCCAGCCGGCGGCGGCGCCGGCCGACGAGGGGCCGGUCACGCUGACGGUGUGGCGCAAGUCGCUGCUGUUCAACUGCAGGGGAUUCACGGUGUUCGACGCCAGCGGCAACCUCGUGUACCGCGUGGACAGCUACGCCUCCGACUCCCGCGCCGAGGUCGUGCUCAUGGACGCCGCCGGCCGCGCCGUGCUCACCGUCCGCCGCAGGAAGGUGAUCGGCCUGGGGGCCGACCAGUGGCUGGUGUACCCCGGCGAGGAGACGCGCCUGCCGCCGCUCUACGCAGUGAAGCGGGCGGCGCAGUACAUGCGCGGCGGCGGCGGCGGCGGCGGCAAGUCCAUGGCGCACGUCGCGCCGUGCUCCGGCGCCGCGGGCGGCAAGCGGGCCGGCGGCGGGUACGAGGUGGAGGGGUCGUACCUGCGCCGGUGCUGCACGGUGUACGACGAGCGGCGGCGGGCCGUGGCGGAGGUGCGGCCCAAGGAGGCGGUGGGCUCGGACGUGUUCCGCCUGGUGGUGCAGCCCGGGACGGAGGUGUCGCUGGCCAUGGCCGUCGUCCUCGCGCUCGACCAAAUGUUCGGCAAGCCGUCCCUCCUCAGGAGCUGGUCCUCCUAGGCCUAGCCUGUAGGCUGUAGCCACCGUGCCAUCCCAUUUGGCGCAGGUGCUUCGUUUCCGCUUUUGCCCCCAAUUGUUUGGCCCAGGAGCAAAAGAAUUGCUCAUGGCUGCCUUUUUUUUUCGUUCCUCUUUGAUAUGAAAGCCGAUUAACUGGGGUCA